AUGGCGGACUUUCAUGCAGAGAUACUGCUUGCAAGGGAUCGACACGAACUGCUUGCCAAAUUUCCACCUUUGAAAGGCGAGGCCGCAGAAUUCGGCAAGCAAAAACUGCUGGAAAAGCUACUAAAAACGGGGAGCGAAUUCUUCAUCGGGAAUGCUGAAGCUGUAGCAGAUUUUAUCGACAACACUGAUCUGCGCUACGAUCUGGACAGUAAUCUUUAG